CAUUUUAUGGGAUUUAUAUUUUAUUUGUUUACUAAUUGAGGUCAGAGGAUCUCACCCUGGUGCUUAACAGUAAAGAAUUUGUCAUAAGUUUAAGGUAAAUAAUAGUAUAGAAAAUAUUAUAUGCAAACACAUUCAAUUUAAGGAUACUUUUUUCAUCGGUGCUUCUUUAUUGGAGCUCUGGUUCCACAGUAACGUGUGCUUCAAGUAGUAGAACACGUUGGACAGAAUGAAUGCUAGCAUGCUAAUGUGUUAAUGACGUAGUUAUUAUUGUCAAGGCGUUAUUAACCACCUCACCUCCCACCAGAGUCGGUGUGUAACCAAGCAACACAUGUAACCUGAGACAAAACAAGCAGCAGCUCUACUUUGCUUUUCUCCUUCACCUGAGUUGAUGUGAGACUGAAAACAUUUUCCCUGCACGUUUAUACGUUAUUAUUUUCACUUAAAAAAAAUGCCAUCUCAUAUCAUGCUGUCCUAUCAGUGGAAGGACCAGACUCUUGUGCAGAAGAUCUACAGUCGCCUCAGAGAUGACGGGCUGCCUGUGUGGAUGGACAUAAAUGGAGGUGUGAUGGGGAAUAUCAACGAUGCGAUUGCUGCAGGUGUGGAGGAGGCCGUAGUGAUUUGUCCCUUCUUGACCCCAGAGUACCAGGCGUCCCGCAGUUGUAAGAAGGAGCUCAGCUACGCCGACACCAGGGAGGUCAUCAUUGUUCCAGUAAUGCUGGCUAAGAGUUGGGAGGCCAGUGAGUGGUUGGGCCUGAUCACUGCUGGUCUGCUGUGGGUGGACUUCAGAAAUGCAGACAAGAACGAGGAAAACUUUGAGAUGUGCGUCAGAUCUCUGGAGGAGGAGAUCAUGUUCAGCGCUGGUCACCUCCUGGAUUUAGAAGAGCCCAAGUUAAGUAAAGUGGACAUGGAACCAGAACCUCCAAAGCACUACCUGAAAAAGAAACCCGGUCGAAGAUUUCGCCACGCCAUGUCACAGCUUUACAUCCACGAACCAGAUGAGCAGGUUACACAUCAAACCUCCCUGAACAGAACCAGAGUGGAGCUCACUGAGACAGCUGGAGAUCUGUGUUACUGGGAGGAGGUCAAAGGCCAUGGCUGCAAAUUCUACAAGAAUGUGGUGACUAAAGGAUACCUGGGGUAUGACACAGGCAGGAACCAGGUUCACUCCGAGGCCAUUCCCUCCGUCUCUGAGGAGUGGCUGCUCCUGGUGGAUCAGAUGGACGAAAGCGCCAGGCGAACCGUCAUGAUGAAGAAUAAAAACUCAGGGAGAUUCCUGGCAGUUCAUAAUGGCCGCUUUGUUGGACUGGAGUCUUACAACGAAGACUGCAAAUGGUUUUUGGAAUAA